CCUUCUUAUUAAGGGCGGAGGGAUGACAGGAUCAUAGAGGAAACAGAAGAAGAUGCACGAAGCCAGACAAAAAGAAGCAAACUUCUGAGACAGGCAGGAAAGAAGGAAGAACAGAGAAGCACAGAAAACGCAAGCGGGAUUUUGAAAACUGCAGGGGCUGCCGGGAUUCCACCAUUCCGACUUGGCACAGUUCUUGGACAACAGGACAUUAUAAGAGGGUACAAGGUCAUGGUGAGAAACCACCAACACGACAUGGGAGAGUGCAACAGGAAUAAUAUGACCCUUGGAAAUGACACGCUCGUUUGCCCCCUCCUGCGCAGCAUGUUGACCAGCUUGUCCCUAAACCAGAACCAGAACACGAACUUGGCCGUGGUGGCCGUACAUGGCAUCUUCUCAGGCAUGGGCAUCCUGGAGAAUGCGCUCAUCCUGUGGGUGGUGGGCUUCCGUGUGCGGCGCACGGUGGCGGCCGUAUGGGUGCUCAACUUGGCACUGUCUGACUUCCUGGCCACGCUCACGCUGCCGCUCUUCACGUACUAUCUUUACUCUUCGCACAGCUGGAAACUGGGCGAGCCGCUGUGCGUGGCGCAGUCGACUCUCUUCUUCCUUAACAUGUUCGUCAGCGCCUUUCUGCUGGCUGUUAUCAGCCUGGACCGCUGUCUUCUUGUGAUGCAACCCAUCUGGAGUAGGAGGCAACGCUCGGUUGCAACUGCCUGGAAGAUCUGCGGCCUGGGCUGGCUGUUGGCAGCCAUCAACACGGUGCCCUACUCUAUAUUCCGUGCCGUCUCCUGCAAGACUGAUGGGCGAAACCUUUGCUACCACAACUUUGCCCGCUUCUCCACUCCAGCCACCCUGAACCACGACUGCCGGCUGCGUCAGGAAACCACGGCCAUGAGCAAGCUGCUCCUGGCCUUCCUCAUCCCAUUGAGCGUGAUCGCCGCCAGCUACAUCAGCCUUAGCAGGAAGCUGCAGCAACGGCAGGUCAUGCGGGAGAACCGCAUGUUGAACGGCAACAUCCAACACUGCUCUGCCACUGGCCGCUUCGCCAGCCCGCUCUCGCCCAGGUUCUCCAAGAUGGUCGUGGCUGUGAUCAUGGUCUUCAUCCUCACCUGGUCCCCAUACCAUGCCUUCUGUCUUCUCGAGGUGACCUCUGAGUACUAUCCGAACAUUCGGAAGGUCGUGGAGGUGGGCCUCCCAAUCGCCACCACGUUCUCCUUCCUGAACGCGGUCCUAAACCCCUUCUUGUAUGCCUUCAGCUGCCCGCACUUUUGCGUCAGAAUUCGGGAGAGUAUGGGCGCCCUCUUGGAGGGGCUGCUGGACGAAGGGAUUUUAAGGUCACAACUGAGGGCCGAGUCCAGAAGGUUUUCCAGUUUUCGUGGCACCACUACAACCAAUGGUAUAGAGUUCAAUGGGUUUGCUUAAGACAGUAAGUUAAAUUCGGUUGUUCGCUGGCUGGACCAGACAUCUCCUGGACUCGGACCUCUAGGAGAAAGAGCAGCCUGAUGUAUAUUGUAUGUUAGCACUUUGUUAAUGUAAUUAUUGUCUAUAAUGUGCUGGUUAGUGAGAAGAAAAUUUCAUAUGACAGAAACAACAAUGUCUGUGCUCAUCUGUGAAUCUAAUAGUUUA